AUGUCUCUCCGUCCUAGUGCUCGUACCGAGGCCAGGAAGUCGGCGUACAAGCAGGCGGUUAGCGCUGAUGAGGCGCGUAGGCGCCGUGAGGACAACAUGGUGGAGAUUCGGAAGAGUAAGAGGGAGGAGAGCUUGCUGAAGAAGCGCAAGGAGGGGAUGCAAGCAGUAAUAGAUCUUCCCAAGAUUCCUGUUGCUACGGUCGAGAAGAAGCUUGAAAGCCUUCCUGCCAUGGUUCAAGGCGUGUGGUCAGAGGAUCCGCAAACGCAGGUCGAAGCAACCACACAGUUUCGGAAGCUGUUAUCGAUUGAACGUAGUCCCCCAAUCGAGGAAGUCAUCAAAGCCGGGGUCGUCCCUCGGUUCACGCAGUUUUUGCAGAAUUACGAACUUCCACAGCUUCAGUUUGAAGCUGCGUGGGCCUUGACCAAUAUUGCCUCUGGUACUUCAGACCACACCCGUGUGGUGAUUGAGCACGGCGCAGUUCCUAUCUUCGUCCAGCUUCUCAGUUCGCCCAGCGAUGAUGUUCGGGAGCAGGCUGUCUGGGCUCUGGGGAACAUCGCGGGAGACUCCCCCAAGUGCAGAGAUUUGGUUCUUAGCCACAACGCUAUGGGUCCGCUCCUCGCGCAAUUGAACGAGAACUCGAAGCUUUCCAUGCUUCGCAACGCGACGUGGACCCUUUCGAACUUCUGCCGCGGAAAGCCCCAGCCUCCUUUUGAACAGUCCAAACCUGCUCUGCCCGCUCUUGAGCGGCUUAUUCACUCCACCGACGAGGAGGUCUUAACGGAUGCCUGUUGGGCUUUGUCAUACCUAUCGGAUGGCACCAAUGACAAGAUUCAGGCAGUCAUAGAGGCUAAUGUGUGCCGAAGGCUGGUUGAGCUUCUCUUGCAUCCUUCGCCUUCCGUCCUCAUCCCUGCCCUUCGUACCGUGGGCAACAUCGUCACCGGGGACGAUGAUCAGACACAGGUCAUCAUCAACAACAAUGCCUUGCCAUGCCUGCUAGCCCUCUUGACCACCAACCAUAAGAAGAGCAUUAAGAAAGAGGCCUGUUGGACAAUCUCCAACAUUACUGCUGGGAACAAGGAACAGAUUCAGGCUGUUAUUGACGCCAACAUAAUCCCUCCUCUCCGGCAUCUGCUUGAGACUGCUGAGUUCGACAUCAAGAAGGAGGCUGCUUGGGCGAUCUCCAAUGCUACUUCAGGCGGUACACAUGAUCAAAUCAAGUAUCUGGUCUCCCAAGGCUGCAUUAAGCCCCUGUGCGACCUGCUGUUGACGUCGGAUGCAAGGAUUGUUACGGUGGCGCUUGAGGGGUUGGAGAACAUUCUUAAGGUCGGGGAAGCUGAGAAGGAGCUGGGUCACACAGGAGGGAUUAACCUGUACGCCCAGUACAUUGAUGAAGCAGAAGGUUUGGAGAAGAUUGAGAACCUCCAGACGCAUCAGAACAACGACAUUUAUGAAAAGGCUGUCAAGAUCCUGGAGACGUACUUCGGCCUGGAUGAGGAUGAGGAUCAGCAGCUGGCACCACAAGUAGAUGCCAAUCAGCAGACAUAUGCCUUCGGAGAAAGUCAGCCCAUGGUCCCCAGUGGCGGAUUCAACUUUGGUUGA